AGAGAGAGAGAGAGAGAGAGAGAUGGAGGGCGAGAGGAAAGUAGUGGUUGCCGCUCUCCAGUUUGCUUGCUCCGAUUCCGUCUCUGAAAACGUUGACACUGCCGAAAGGUUGGUUAGAGCAGCACAUGAGAAGGGUGCGAAUAUUAUUCUCAUUCAGGAAUUAUUCGAAGGCUAUUACUUCUGUCAAGCUCAAAGGGAGGAGUUCUUUAAACGAGCCAAGCCAUACAAAGGACACCCAACAAUUUUGAGGAUGCAGGAACUUGCCAAGGGGUUGGGUGUGGUAAUACCUGUGAGUUUCUUCGAAGAAGCAAAUAAUGCUCACUACAAUUCUAUAGCCAUUAUUGAUGCUGAUGGAAGUGAUCUUGGACUUUAUCGGAAAUCUCAUAUUCCAGAUGGGCCAGGAUAUCAAGAGAAGUUCUAUUUCAACCCAGGUGACACUGGUUUCAAGGUUUUUGCUACCAAGUUUGCCAAAAUUGGAGUGGCAAUUUGUUGGGAUCAGUGGUUUCCUGAGGCAGCAAGGGCUAUGGUUCUUCAAGGUGCGGAAAUUUUGUUCUACCCAACUGCUAUAGGAUCAGAACCUCAAGAUGAAGGACUGGACUCCAGAGAGCAUUGGAAAAGAGUAAUGCAAGGCCAUGCUGGGGCUAAUUUGGUUCCUCUUGUGGCUUCUAAUCGAAUUGGGAAGGAGACGAUCAAAACAGAACAUGGUGACAGUGUUAUAACAUUCUAUGGAAAUUCCUUCAUUGCAGGCCCAAAGGGAGAAAUAUUGGCGCUCGCUAAUGAUAAAGAUGAAGCCAUCUUGAUAGCUGAGUUCGACUUGGAUAAACUCAAGUCUCAGAGGCACGGUUGGGGUGUGUUUAGAGAUCGACGUCCACAACUAUACAAGGCUUUGUUGACUUUGGAUGGCAGUAAUCCUUCAUCAUGAGCUUGAAUUAUUCAUGUAAGGUUGAUAGUUGCCUUGCGUUGAGGUUCAUGUAUUACAUGUAGAAAGAAUAUCUCAAGCCACUGGUUUUUGCAAUAAUAGUUUGGCUUUAAAAUAAAUACAACACCUGCAGAGAAAUAAAUGAUCAUAUUUUUUUUUGUAAGAUACAAAAGCUUCUAGGAUAUAGUUUGAGAACUUGGAGGUUGAAUAUGAGGGUUAUUUAUAUUGCAACAAGAUUGAAAGCAUGAUUAAUUUAUGAUAUGGAGGUUGAAUA